CUAUUCUAUCUUUUUUAUUCUUGGACGUAGAGUUUUAUCUCUUAGAUUCACUUUGGACGAAUGUCGGUGUUUAUACUAUCCUACCAAUAUCUCACAUAUAACCUAGAGCAUAUUGUGGGAAAGACUUACUUGAUAUACUAAAACUUCUCAACCGGCUCUAAAUACGUCCCGACUACCUUGUUAUCAUAUUCGUUUGUGGGAGCCCCGGGAAAACAUAUAACAAUGGAUGAUUCUUCCCAACUGUCAGCGGGCUCAAGAAUAUAUGAUAUGCAUCCUUUCACACCAGGCAGAAAUGUCGAUGAUCCUUGUUCAAGAUUACUUCUCCUUAGCAAUGCAGACACGCUGCUGUAUAUUGAUCCUCCCCCGCAGAGAUCAUGCGUCUCAUCCUUGCCACGCUCAUCUGAGUCAAUUCCCCACCGUAUUCAUAGCCCAAAACUUCUGGAGACUGGCUCUAAUUAUUUCAAGGACCUCUUCCAGCCAAGGGCUCAAGCUCGGGCCAUCAGUCGCCGUGGACUCAAAGGCAAGCUCACUCAUGGGAUUCAGUACGUCAUUGAUCUCACACCCCCUUCGGUGGAGGACGAUGCCGUUAUAUUUCUCACAGAGCUGUCGUGCCCUCUGGGGAUCAGGAACUGGGCAAGAGCUCCUACAGUUUGGUGGGAUUUACCCGCUGCCCGUGUGGGUGGUGUGGAUGAUGUCGAAUUGCCAGAAAGUAAGUUUGCGAGUACAUCCGCCUCAAGCGUCGCCAGUUACAAUGCUUCUGGAAGCAAGCCAGGUCUUCCUGUGGAAUACUCGGCGGGUCGACACCGUAGGGGAAUUGAGCAUAUCAUAUAUGCUUUGGAAGGGUUUCCACCUAAGCUCGACACUCCCUGCAAGUUCUGGACCUUCUUCGCACUUGCUAGACUAUUCGGAGUAGCCACGGUGCCAAAAAUCAGCGAUCUCAUAUUAUCCUGGCUUUAUGACUCAGAAAAUGCUCUUCUCAUAGAGUACCACCCCGAGAUUACAUACAAAAUUGCCUGUGGGGUACAGCGUGACUAUCUUUGCCGUGACUCAUUUUCGGUCCUUGUCGGGGAGGAGGCACUGCUUUUGUUAGCGAACUCAGAUAAACCACCUUUGCCAGGUAGACCGCAAUGGACCUUUCAUGGUCGUCUCCGGGAGCCGUUGUUGGACGAUGACGAGCUCCAACGCAUUGAAUAUGCAAGCAAGAGCUUUCUAGAGUAUGUUAUUAAUCGAUUCAUCGAUCUAGCAGGCUCUGAAAUGAGGUGGCUUUUUGAAUUGCCAAGCUUUCUGCGCCUAUCUGAGUUCACCCCAGAGACUUAUUGGGAGGAAAUUCUCAAGACCGAACUCGUGCUGACCUGCAAGGAGUAUGUCCGAGCACGUAUCGUGCAGUGGCUGGAGAGAGGAAACGGCAUUUGGCUACCAGCAGUGCUCGGGAGCAUGGGUAAGGAUCGUUCGACACACUAUAAAUACGCCUAUAGCUCAAUGCGCUACCCAGAGCGCGUACUCAGCAGGACAUUCUGGAAGAACCUCAUGAACGAACCAUUUACUGGAAGUCACUUUCCCGGUAUCAAUGAAUCGUUUUGGGAUUCUACCAUUGCCAGUUUGGGAGAUUGGGUACCAGCUUUCAGGGACCAUGCCGACGCGAAAAUCAGGCCGGUGACAAGAAGUGAACUAUGUGAGAUGGUGGACAAAUUCAACUCUCGUAUGAACCACCGGAACCCCUUUUACCAAGUACAAGCAGCGUGCCACUGGGAUAUGGUGGACGACUAUGACCCAGCGACCUGGUUACGUGGAUUACAAUCAAAUAGUCAAGACCUAUACCUAUUCAAACUGGACAUGUUCGUUUCAGAUGUACGGCUAUAUGUGAGUACCUACGCAAGUGAUAUGUUUGAGCUGGGCAGAGGCUCGAUCGAGAGAACCGACACUGUUACCUGUCUGACAGAAAAUGAACUCAAAUAUCUACCGCUAUGGGCAGGGGGGAACGAUGAUGGAACGGGAGGGGUCUUCAUGGACCAAGAUAUCCCCAUCUUAGAAACAGGGGGUUUCUCUACACCAGGUCCAGGCGUUCACUUAGGUAGUGCAGCGUCAACAGCCGAUUCAGUCUCGAUCAUCAGCACUGGAGAUAUAGAGAGUACUGUCCAAGGCGCGUCCCACAAGACCACUGACGGUUAUGAAGCAGACAUCAUGUCUAUACAAUCAAUGACUGUUAGUUCUCAGAUAGACAAGGGUGGAGAGAGCAGUCACCAAGAGCCAGCAUCACUUGACGGCUACGAGGCAGUUGACGACUGUUCCUUCUUGUUGAAUUCAUCAGCCUAUGGUAACGACGACUUUUUGUUUGACUGUGAGAGUGAUGGCAGUGAGACUGUCGUUAUGGACACAUUGAGCCAGUCUGACCCCUUAAGUGAUUUUGAGGAAAUGGAUUUGAACGAGGCUUGUUCCAGUCCUCCGCCUGCGAAAGGAUAAUACAACUUACGAAUAAACUCGGUGUCAAUGUAUAGAAUUAUUCCAUG